UUAAGAAAAAGAAUUAAGCCUCAGAGUAACUUGAGGAUCAAAUGAGCGGAGCUGCAGCUGUAAAAAGCGAGUCAGAUUUUCCAAUAGCUCAUUUAUGAGCACCAUGCAAGAAACCUCUCUUUGUUUGCAGAUCUAAAAGAAUCUCCGAGCACCAGUAUGUUGCUGCUCCAGGAUACAAUGAGAUGUACCUGGUUGUCCUGGUGCCUUGCCCUGCUGUUUGUCUGGUACCCUGUGGGCAGUGUAGUUACGGAACCUGAGCUGGAGGACUUGAACUUGGAGUGGGGCUCUGGUUUACACGAGCUCCUGCACAGCUUUCCUGCAGAUAGUCCUUUUGUCAAAGAAACGCCAGGCAGGCCAGCCAACUGCACUCAACGCUUUUGGCUGCCUCCAUCCUCCCCUGUGUGCUGGGAUGAUAUAGCAGGCCCAGAGGAGUUUGACAAGUCACGUCUUCUUGUGCUGCAAAACAGGGCAGCACUGCAGGCUGUGUCCAGAGCUAGUGGUCUAGAGGAAGGGGGAGCCUCCUAUGAUCAACAAACUAGGGAGGAUGUGCAUGGUGUCCAGGCCGAUCAUCUCAUUGUGUCCCAGACUGCCGAAAAAAUGCAGAAGGUAUUUGUGGACUUGAAUGAGAAGAGGAAGGACAGAAAAGAACAUUAUACCUUUUCAAGUCUGAAGGAGCAACUUGAAAACACAAAAGAUGCCAUUGAUAACAGGGAGCAAGUAGCAGCACUUCUGGAUAAACAUCUUGCCAAUCUUGAGAAGUCCUUGCACACUAUGCAACUUCGACUGGCCAAACUACUACCCCAGUGAUUCAGAUUAAACCAAACAACCCCAUGUUGCAUAGACACGUGGACAAUUAAACAAUACAUGACAUAUUCUUGUUCUGUCAAACGCACGUUUCACUCAAAAGAGUAAGACUUGAAUGAUGGUAUACUGCAUGCUUACAGCACCCUAUCCUUCUCUACUGGAACAUGUUACAAGCAUUUCAGCCUCUCUAUGAACAAAACGAGUAUUAGUAUUCAAGUAUUAGGUGCUGAUAUUAGUUAAUAAAAAUCCAUGUGUAUACCCCCAGGCUACAGACUAUUCCAUAACAUUUUUGGAUAAAUUUAGUUAAUGCUUAAUGUGUUUUGACUGUUUAAUAAUAUACUGUACUUUGAAGUCGAUUUAAUAUUACUAAUGUUUCUGACUGAAUAACACAGUACAGUGAAUAAAUAUGAUCAGCAAACAAA